AUGGGCGUACCCGAAAAAGAAAGAGAAUUAAAGGAUAUUGCAUGGCUUUGUGGUCUUUUCGCUUUAUUUUCUGCUCUACUUAUCAGAUUCUUCUCGUUAUCCUAUGUCCUGGGUUCGCUGCUUACUGCGAUCCUCAUAUUCCACCAAUUUUAUUGGCGUCGACGACAUCUCCCGCCAGGACCCACUCCUCUUCCACUUAUUGGCAACACAUUGUCUAUCGAUAUGCGAAAUCCGGCGAAGACGUUCAGUCUAUGGCAUGCUCAUUACGGUCCCAUCUACACGGUAUGGCUACCACAUCCGAUGAUAGUGAUGGCAAGCCAUGAAGUCCUGAAGGAAGCACUUAUUCGGCAUGGUCCUGCUUUUGCCGGACGUCCUUCUGGAUAUAUCUGGUCGAUGUUUACGAAGAACUCAGUGCACGGGGAUGGGAUUAUUUUAUGUGAGGGUGAACGUUGGGAACAAAUCCGAGAGUUUGCACUUAAAAUAUUUAGGAAUUUUGGACUUGGUCGUACGCAAAUGGAAGAAAAAAUCGUGCACCAUAUCAAUUAUAUGAUUGGACACAUUGACGCAAAACUUCAUGGACGUGAGAGCAUAAAACUGGAUCUAGAGGAACCGAUAUCGCUCUGUGUCGCGAAUAUAAUUCAAGAUUUUGUACUUGGGAAAUCGCAUCCAUUCGGUGAUCCACAAUUUCGUAAAUUCAAAAAUCUUAUCGAUUCUGUUCUAUCCGAUAUAGCUUCAAAAUCCGUUCAAAUGGUGAACGCGUAUCCAAUUCUAGGAUAUUUGCCUAUUCCAGCGCUAAGAAGAUAUAAGGAGAACGGAUUCGCUUUACAGAGAUAUUUCUUGAAUGCUAUACGUGAGCAUCGAGAACGUUUGGAAAUGGACGGUGAACCACGUGAUUUCAUGGAAGCAUAUCUACGAGAAAUGGCUUUACAGAAAGAUAAUCCACAUUUUAAUGUUUUCACUUUGGCCUUGGCCUCUGGAGACCUCUGGACUGGUGGUAUGGAGACGACUGUGACGACACUUCGAUGGGGAUUCGCAUAUUUACUCUAUCAUCCAAGUGUUCAGAAAAAAUGUUACGAUGAAAUACAUAAGAUUUUUGGUGAUGAGCAACCAUGUUACGCUCGUCGAAAGCAAUUACCUUAUAUUGAAGCAACUUUAGCAGAAUUACAACGUGUGACAAACGUAUUGCCGUGGGCAAUUCCGCAUCGGACUAUGGAGGAUGUUGAAGUGAUGGGAUUUCAUCUCCCGAAAGGAACCGUUAUCUUACCUCAGUACGGAACUGUACAUUACGAUACGCGUUACUAUCCGGAACCUGAGAAGUUUAAACCGGAGAGAUUCCUCGAUCAAGAGGGCUAUUUCAAGAAACGACCUGAACUGAAUCCAUUCGGAAUGGGGAAACGGACGUGUCUCGGCGAAAAUUUGGCUCGUUAUGAACUUUUUCUACUCUUCACAACGUUACUUCAAAAAUACGAAUUUCGACCAAUAGAAGGAGAACCGCUUCCAUCACUGCAACGAAGCGAAGGGAUGACGAACGUUCCACAGAAAUAUCGAUGCACCGUUGUACCCAGAAGACCAUCAACAAUUGGAGAGUUGACCAUGAUGAAGCUGGAUUACAUUCGUAUUGGCCUUAUAGUGGGCAAUAUCGUCUUCAUUAUCCUCUCAGUGGUGUUUAUUAUACUUUUCGCCACUAAACACGAUUCUUCAUCCGCCUUUCUGGUCUCUUCUCAAAUAGCAAGUAACGAUACCGCAGACAGUUUCAAACAAGCGCUCACCAAAUCGCUUCAAAAGAAAUACUCCGUAGGCACUAUAGCAACGGAAAAAUCCGGUUCAACAGGCAACGCUGUGUUUUCGUUACGGGGAUCACCCAACAUUAAGGAUGUGGGAGCUCUCAUCACAGGGAAUUCAGCAUUUUCCAAUGUUCAAAUUACAGAUGGAGCCAAAUCUAUGGAAGUAUGCAAUAGUAAACUGCCGGUUGGCAGUACUCUUCCUCCAGCUACCGUAUUAACAUCUAAAGCUAAUCCGAGUAGUCCUGCGGGGCCGGGUUCAUCACCAAUUCCCAGUAGUCCUGCGGGGCCGGGUUCAUCACCAAUUCCCAGUAGUCCUGCGGCGCCAAGUUCAUCACCAUCUGGAAAUACAAAUCCGACAUCACCAGCAUCGAAUAAACCACCAGCGUCAACAGCUGCUUCUGUUACCACUCCAACUCCUCCAGUAUCUAACAAAUAUUGUCAAGGGAGUCUGAAACGAGACAUCAUACUUCUUGUUGAUACUCUCGCACCAACGGGGAAUCAGGACAAGAAUGCUGCCCUUACUGGACUUGGACAAAGGUUGGCCAAUGGGAUCCCGUUUGGAACGGGAACACGCGUCGCUUUGAUGACUCUUGAGCGCGGUGAACAAAUUGGCGGGUUUGCAACCGAUGUUGCAACAUUUCAAGAUAAUUGGAAGACUCUAUCCACACUCUCAUUCAACAACACCGCAUCUUCAAUCGAUGUAUCGAUCGCCUACGGGAUGCUGUCCCAGCUCCUCCAGCCGCUGAAUCCUGUGGAAGUGAUUCUAGUCACUGAACACUCCCUCGAUGCAAUCGCACCAACUGCCGACAUCCGAUUGAGAGGCGUGUUCGUCGCCGCGGUCGUUCCAACGAAAAUCACUCUCCCAGGUAUAGAUCAGCUAACUACGGUCACCAAGUCAUACGGAUCAUGGGCUGAUAUGACGACACAAAAUCCAUUUUCGACACUAUUUUGUCAAUAUAACGAUGGAACCGCUUCAACAAUGACCACACGUUUCGCGUCAAAGGCGGUGGUGGCGAACAAUGGUGAUACUCCUAAAUGUCAAAAAUUGGACAUUAUUGUUGUGUUCGACACUUCACAGAGUGUGGUUGAACCUUUUGUGCAGAAAUACGUGAAUUUUUCCAUUGAUUUCAUCUCACAAUAUACGCUGAUGGGAGCAGUCGAUGGUGAUAACACUCGUACGGGAAUUAUUUCUUUCAACUCGGAUGUGAAUGUGGUUCGCGAGCUAGGCGAACGAUCAUUGGAUGAUUUUAAGGCAGCGGUUAGUGGAAUUCAUUUUACUGGAGGAGUAACCAACACGUUAGGAGCAAUGAAGGCAGGAUUGGCCAUGUUCCAAAGACACAGUGAUACCACUCAUGGCCGAACAAUGGUGUUCCUUUCCGAUGGCCAGCCUUAUCCACCAAGUCCGGAUACAUGGUCAGAGAUAUUUAGCGUUGGCGUACAGCUUCGAGCAAUGGGUGUUGAUAUUUUCUUCGUCGGUGACGCCAAUGGUUACGAUCCUGAAACAAGAACUAUCCUGUCGAAUAUUACUGGAAAUCCGGAUUGGGUAUUCGAUAACGUCGGGGUCGCCAGUGUAAACUUAACAGUGGAUCUUUUGAUGCAAUUCCCCUGUCCACCACUAAUUUGCGAAAUGGCCUAUUAUGCUGUGGAAAUCUCGGAAAUUCUCAGCGAACAAACUAAAAUUGCGACCUUGAACUUUACUCUUCAAGUAGCUCAAAAUGUUUAUAAUCAGAAGAAUUCUACACAAUUCCAACUGCUCAUCUAUAACGAUAAACAAUACUUCUUACCAAAUGAUGGAGACUACUCGUUUGCCAACUUCAAAUCCAAUAUCGAUCGAUUGAUCAACGAUAACGCAUACAGAUCAAGUUUAAGCAGUGGACAUACAAGAAUCGAUACAGCAAUAAACGCACUUGCCGAUCAGAUGACAAUUCAACAGAAACGUCGACCAUACUUCCAGAGUAGUGUGUUGUUUGCUGGACAAGCGAAUUCUGGUGUUCUGGAUCCGAUUGGUGAUGAGAUCCAACAGCAAAAUGAUCUCGCGCAAGCGGCCCAGAACAUAAAAGCAGUAUGUCCGCUAAUUUACGCACUAGAUGAUUCGAACGGUAACACUGCGCUCUACGGUGAUGAUCUUUGGUACAUUGUGGUCCCAAAAACGAGAACAAUCCGACUCACAUCGCUUAACCUGGAAAAAGACUUGGAGAACACCGAUUAUUACCCGAAAGUCUACGCUUUGGAUUGCGUUUUACCAGCCAGAGCCCGAUGCGAUUUGAACUUUAUCGAUCUUGGGGUUGCAUUCGAUCUCACAGGACCGUUAACUAGUAACGUUACUGACUACGUGAAAUCACUUCUUGCCCAAUUCGACACGCAAUACACCGCUCACAUUUCAAUGUAUGGAUUCGGAGGUGGCAAAGAUGCUAAAAUUUUUGCUUCAUUGUCUUCUCACGACAAUGUAAUACCAAUCACGACCGGUGACAUAAAUAGCCUCUUCUCCCUUAUUAAAUCACAAUUCGGUUGUGGACAUUAUUCCUCGAACGGUGAUCGAAUUCUCGUAUCAAACGUCAUUUUGGUCGUCUCGGAUAAUUUUGCAUCCUACCAGAACAAUGUUUGGCAACAAUUCGCAGACGACAGCCAAAAUGGUUGGACAUGCGACGAUUGUCCAGGAACGCCCGCGUACGCGUUCCUUAGCUCGACCGCCGAUAAAGCACCAAUCGGUCUCGGACUCACCUACAACAUUAACGAUGACGAGUACUAUGAUUUAUCGUAUUCGAUGAAAGCCGUUAAUUUAUUCAACUCUAUAGUAACUGGAGUAUGUACGAUGCCACUUAAAAGUUGCUGGAGUUACACAGUACCGACCACAUGUCAACAAAAAUCUAACGAAUUUUGGGAAAUUAAUUGA